CGCUGGUCGUUUCAAUACAAUACGUGCUUUAUACCUCUUCAGUGUUCUGUUGACAUGUCGCAAAGUCAAGAAGAAAUGCGUCCAAGGGCUGUCUACAGCAUCGACCAGAUUUUGGGAGUUAACAGCUCAUCCACGUCCACGAAGAGCAUUGAAGGCGAAUCGGAUUCUAAAGUUGAUUCAGUCAGUGAUAGCGAAAUGGUUGAAGAAAGCAUCGAAGAUUUGAAUGAUACAAGACCGAGAAAAAUUCGAAGAUCACGAACGACUUUUACCACUUAUCAAUUGCACCAAUUGGAGCGAGCUUUUGAAAAAACUCAAUACCCUGAUGUUUUUACCCGAGAAGAAUUGGCAAUGAGGCUUGAUUUGAGCGAAGCGAGAGUUCAGGUGUGGUUUCAAAACCGUCGCGCCAAAUGGAGAAAGCGUGAAAAAGCCUUAGGCCGAGAAGCCGUCCCGUUUAUGCACCCUGGCGAACAACCCGGUUUGCCCGAGUUUUCGCUUCACGGGCACAUGACAAUGCCCCCCAUGGGCCCCACCGACUCUUUUUGGCCCAGUUUGCCCUUCCCGCCCAUGUUCAGUCCCGCCAUGGGUCUGCCUUGGCCGCCAAAGACGCCCAUGAACGUACCCACGUUCCACGCUUUCCUGUCGCAAUACGUGCUCGCCGGGGGAGUCCCCCAACUGAAUCUCUUGAAUAGUGGGAUUCCGGACGAGAGGUCUCGGAGUUCUAGUCCGGAAACUCCUAGUCCGUCGCAGUUAUCGCCCUCGGCACUCGAAGCUUUGAGGUUACGGACUCAAGAAAUUUUAGUGCCGAGUUCUUCACCGCAAAAACUACAUGCAAAGUCAUAGACGAGGGGUUGUAAAUAUGUAGUGGAUGAUGUGUAGUGAUAAUUGUUAGGAACUUAGGACAUUAUUGGCGCUUAAAAUGUGGGGGAAAUAGACUGAAUAUUUGUAUGACCAAGUUGUACCAAGUUUUUGAUUUAGCUAUUAUUUCAAAGAAUAUAAUUAUUUCGUUUUUUAUUAUUAUUAUUAUUAUAGGGAGAGUUAUUUUUGUAUGAAAUUUAUUUACUAUAAUAGUUGCAGGUUUAGUUAGUUUGUGAUAGAUUCUUAGCGCCAAUUUUGUACAUAAUUUUGUAUAUAAACUGCUUAUUUAUUUAUUGUAGAUAAAACUCAGAGAAAAUUCAAGAAUUCUGUUUAAAACAUUAAAAUAGCGUUACAGAUAAUUAUUUUGUGGGGAAAAAUUAACAAUAAGUUGUAAUAGUUAUGAUCGAUAUUAAAUGAAACAAUAAUUAAAAUGGCAGGU